GCGGGUUCGCUCGGGGCUCGCUCGCAGCAGGGGGCGGGGCUCGCUAGGGCUCGGCCCGCCUAGCCCGCAUCCGGCUCCUCCCGCGCAGGCCGGCGCAGUCCCCGCUCCGCGCCCCACGUGCCCGGCUCGCCAUGGGCUGCCUGGUGCUGCAGGACGGGGCCGUGAUCCGGGGCCGCCCCUUCGGGGCCGCGCGCUCCGCCGCCGGGGAAGUGGUCUUCCAGACUGGCAUGGUGGGUUACCCCGAAGCCUUGACAGACCCUUCCUACAAAUCCCAGAUCCUGGUGCUGACCUACCCUCUGAUCGGGAACUACGGUGUCCCGCGGGAUGAGCCCGACCAGUACGGCCUCAGCAGGUGGUUCGAGUCCAGCAAGAUCCACGUGUCAGCGCUGAUCGUGGGCGAGUGCUCACAGAUCCCCAGCCACUGGAGCUCUGUGCGCUCGCUGGACCACUGGCUGAAGGAGCAGAACAUCCCCGGGCUGGAAGGGGUGGACACCAGGGCCCUGACGAAGCGGAUCCGGGAGAAGGGGACGCUGCUGGGCAGGCUGGUGAUGGACGGGGCCCAAGAGAGGAACUUGCCCUUCGAGGACCCCAACAAGCGGCACCUGGUGCAGGAGGUGUCCGUGAAGGAGCCCAGAGUGUUCAACCCCGGCGGCUCGGUCAGGAUCACGGCUGUGGAUUGUGGCCUGAAGUACAACCAGAUCAGGUGCCUGUGCCAGCGGGGGGCGGCUGUGACCGUGGUGCCCUGGGACCACCCCCUGGACAGCGCAGAGUUUGACGGGCUGUUCAUCAGCAAUGGGCCCGGGGACCCGCUCUCGUGCUCGAAGACCAUCGCCAACCUGCGCCGUCUGCUGGCUGAGCCCCAGCCCAAGCCCGUCUUCGGGAUCUGCCUGGGGCACCAGCUGCUCGCACUGGCCAUCGGCGCCCAGACCUACAAGAUGAAGUACGGGAACCGAGGCCACAACCAGCCCUGCAUCCACGAGGCCUCCCAGCGCUGCUUCAUCACCUCGCAGAACCACGGCUUCGCGGUGGAGCCGGGCAGCCUGCCCCCGGGCUGGGCCGUGCUCUUUACCAACGCCAAUGACCACUCCAACGAGGGCCUGGUGCACCACACCCAGCCCUUCUUCAGCGUUCAAUUUCACCCAGAGCACCGGGCCGGCCCCACAGACCUUGUGGGCCUCUUUGACAUCUUCCUGGAGACUGUGCGGGACCUGAGCGCCGGCAGCCAGAACUGCAGAACAGUGCGUGAGAGGCUGCGGGAGGGGCUGGCCUACAAGGAGCCCCCGGCGGACGGGGACGUAGCCCGGCCUCGCAAGGUGCUUAUCCUGGGCUCGGGGGGCCUCUCCAUAGGGCAGGCCGGGGAGUUCGACUACUCCGGCUCGCAGGCCAUCAAGGCGCUGAAGGAGGAGAAUAUCCAGACGGUGCUGAUCAACCCCAACAUCGCCACGGUGCAGACCUCCAAGGGGCUGGCCGACAAGGUGUACUUCCUGCCCCUCACGCCGGAGUACGUCACGCAGGUGAUAAAGAAUGAGCGGCCGGACGGCAUCCUGCUGACCUUCGGGGGCCAGACGGCGCUGAACUGCGGGGUGGCGCUGACCCAGGGCGGGGUGCUGGCCCGGUACCGGGUGCGGGUGCUGGGCACGCCCAUGGCCUCCAUCGAGAUGACGGAGGAUCGCAAGGUCUUCGUGGAGAAGAUGGAGGAGAUUGACGAGCACGUGGCGCCUAGUGAGGCGGCCUCCUCCUUGGAGCAGGCUCAGGCCGCAGCCUCGAGGCUGGGCUACCCGGUGCUGGUGCGCUCGGCCUACGCCCUCGGCGGUCUGGGCUCCGGCUUCGCCAACAGCCGGGAGGAGCUGACGACGCUGGUGAGCCAGGCCUUCGCGCACACCUCCCAGGUGCUUGUGGACAAGUCCCUGAAGGGCUGGAAGGAGAUCGAGUACGAGGUGGUGCGGGAUGCAUACGACAACUGCAUCACCGUCUGUAACAUGGAGAACCUGGACCCGCUGGGCAUUCACACGGGCGAGUCCAUCGUGGUGGCCCCCAGCCAGACGCUGAACGACCGGGAGUACAACAUGCUGCGCCACACGGCCAUCAAGGUGGUCCGGCACCUGGGCAUCGUGGGCGAGUGCAACAUCCAGUACGCGCUGAACCCCGAGUCGGAGCAGUAUUACAUCAUCGAGGUAAACGCCCGGCUCUCACGGAGCUCCGCCUUGGCCAGCAAGGCGACCGGCUACCCGCUGGCCUACGUGGCAGCCAAACUGGCUCUGGGCAUCCCCCUGCCCGUCCUCAGGAACUCUGUCACCAAUUCCACCACGGCCAACUUUGAGCCCAGCCUGGAUUACUGCGUGGUGAAGAUCCCGCGCUGGGACCUCAGCAAGUUCCUGCGGGUCAGCACCAAGAUCGGCAGCUCCAUGAAGAGUGUGGGGGAGGUCAUGGCCAUCGGCCGGAACUUCGAGGAGGCCUUCCAGAAGGCGCUGCGCAUGGUGGAUGAGAACUGCGUAGGCUUUGACCACACCGUGAAGCCAGCCUCCGACGUGGAGCUGGAGACGCCCACUGACAAACGGAUCUUCGUGCUAGCGGCCGCCCUGCGAGCCGGCUACCCCAUCGAGCGGCUCUACGAGCUGACCAAGAUCGACCGCUGGUUCCUGCACAAGAUGAAGAACAUCACGGACCACGCGGUGCAGCUGGAGUCCUACCGCGAGGGGCAGAGCUCCAUGCCCCCCGACGUGCUUAAGAAAGCCAAGCAGCUGGGCUUCUCCGACAAGCAGGUGGCCUUGGCCGUGCUCAGCACUGAGCUGGCCGUGAGGAAGAUGCGGCACGACCUGAAGAUCCUACCCGUGGUGAAGCAGAUCGACACGGUGGCGGCAGAGUGGCCGGCGCAGACCAACUACCUGUAUCUGACGUACAACGGGACGGAGCACGACCUGGCCUUCCGCGAGCCCCACGUCAUGGUGAUCGGCUCCGGCGUCUACCGCAUCGGCAGCAGCGUGGAGUUCGACUGGUGCGCCGUGGGCUGCAUCCGGGAGCUGCGCAAGAUGGGCUUCAAGACCAUCAUGGUGAACUACAACCCGGAGACGGUGAGCACGGACUACGACAUGUGCGACCGCCUCUACUUCGACGAGAUCUCCUUCGAGGUGGUGAUGGAUAUCUACGAACUGGAGAGCCCCGAGGGCGUCAUCCUGUCCAUGGGGGGGCAACUGCCCAACAACAUCGCCAUGGCGCUGCACCGGCAGCAGUGCCGUAUCCUGGGCACCUCCCCCGAGGCCAUCGACUCGGCCGAGAACCGCUUCAAGUUCUCCCGCCUGCUGGACACCAUCGGCAUCAGCCAGCCCCUCUGGAAGGAGCUCUCCGACAUGGAGUCGGCCAAGCAGUUCUGCUGCAAGGUGGGCUACCCGUGCGUGGUGCGCCCCUCCUACGUGCUGAGCGGGGCUGCCAUGAACGUGGCCUACUCCGACAGCGACCUGGAGAAGUUCCUGUGCAGCGCCGUGGCCGUGUCCAAGGAGCAACCCGUCGUCAUUUCCAAGUUCAUCCAGGAGGCCAAGGAGAUCGACGUGGACGCCGUGGCCUGCGACGGCGCAGUGGUGGCUAUCGCCAUCUCGGAGCAUGUGGAGAAUGCGGGCGUGCACUCGGGGGACGCCACGCUGGUGACGCCGCCCCAGGACAUCACGCCCAAGACCUUGGAGCGGAUCCAGGCCAUUGUGCACGCCAUCGGGCAGGAGCUGUUGGUCACGGGGCCCUUCAACCUGCAGCUCAUCGCCAAGGACGACCAGCUGAAGGUCAUCGAGUGCAACGUGCGUGUCUCCCGCUCCUUCCCCUUCGUUUCCAAGACGCUGGGGGUGGACAUGGUGGCCCUGGCCACCCAGGUGAUCAUGGGCGAGGAGGUGGAGUCGGUGGGGCUGAUGACAGGCACUGGGAUCGUCGGUGUCAAGGUUCCCCAGUUCUCCUUCUCGCGGCUGGCGGGGGCAGACGUGGUGCUGGGCGUGGAGAUGACCAGCACAGGUGAGGUGGCCUGCUUUGGGGAGAACCGCUGUGAGGCCUACCUGAAAGCCAUGCUGAGCACCGGGUUCAAGAUCCCCAAGAAGAACAUCCUGCUGACCAUCGGCAGCUACAAGAACAAGAGUGAGCUGCUGCCCACAGUGCGCACGCUGGAGAGCCUGGGCUACAACCUGUAUGCCAGCCUGGGCACUGCCGACUUCUACACCGAGCACGGCAUCCAGGUGACGGCUGUGGACUGGCACUUCGAGGAUGCGGACGGCAGCGAGGCCGGGGCCAAGGAGACGCAGCGCAGCAUCAUGGACUACUUGGCCGAGAACCACUUUGAGCUGGUCAUUAACCUCUCCAUGCGCAACGCCGGGGGGCGCCGGCUCUCAUCCUUUGUCACCAAGGGCUACCGCACCCGGCGCCUGGCCGUCGACUACUCCGUGCCCCUCAUCAUCGACAUCAAGUGCACCAAGCUCUUCGUGGAGGUGCUGGGGAGGGUGUGUCCCACGCACCCUCCCCGCCCUGGCACUCAGACACUCCCAGGCACAGAGCUGGCAGCGCCAGGCGUUGCGCCAGGCCAGCCUCAGCCCCCUGGGGAAUGUUGUAUGUGCAGCGUGGGCCUGGGAGGUGCUGGGGGGCCCUGUGGGGGGGGCUGCAGGCCUGGGGCCGAUCCACACGCUGGCCCAGGCCCGGCUUGGCACCCCAUCCUGGGCCUGUCUGAGCCUGUCUCCCUGCAGCUGGCAGAGGUGGGCUCGCGCUGUGACUUCGCCCUGUUCCUGGGGGCCGCGUCUGACAACGCCGGAUCCCUGGGUCCUGUGGCUGGCGCAGCUGCCGGGCUCAAGAUGUACCUGAAUGACACCUUCUCCGAGCUCAAGAUGGACAAUGUCUCGCUGUGGAUGGAGCACUUCGAGCAGUGGCCGAGGCACCUGCCCAUCGUGGCGCACGCGGAGAAGCAGACGGUGGCAGCGAUUCUCAUGGUGGCCCAGCUGUACCAGCGCCCCGUGCAUAUCUGCCACGUGGCACGCAAGGAGGAGAUCCUGAUCAUCAAGGCUGCCAAGCAGAAGGGCAUCCAGGUGACGUGUGAGGUGGCGCCGCACCACCUCUUCCUGUGCGAGGACGACAUUGGACGCAUCAGGGAGGGGCGCGCACAGGUGCAGCCCAUGCUGGGCACCCGUGAGGACCUGGAGGCGCUGUGGGAGAACAUGGACACCAUCGACUGCUUUGCCACAGACCACGCCCCCCACACGGUGGAGGAGAAGGAAGGGAAGGAGCCACCCCCAGGUUACCCCGGCCUGGAGACCAUGCUGCCCCUGCUGCUGACAGCCGUCUCCGAGGGGCGCCUCGCCAUCGAGGAUGUGGUCAAGCGCCUCUACGAGAACCCCCGCAAGAUCUUCUCCCUGCCCGCGCAGGACGACACCUACAUUGAGGUGGACCUGGAGCACGAGUGGAUCGUCCCCAGCCACAUGGCCUUCAGCAAGUGCCAGUGGACACCGUUCGAGGGCACGAAGGUGAAGGGGAUGGUGCGGAGAGUGAUCCUACGUGGGGAGGUUGCCUACAUCGACGGACAGGUGCUGGUGCCCCCCGGCUACGGCCAGGACGUGAGGAAAUGGCCCACGGGGGCAGUGAGUGUGCCACCUCCUGCCCCAGCCAAGGAGACUCUGAAGACCCCCGAGCGCCCGAGGCACACAGUGCAGAGCGAGACCCUGCGUAGCCGAGCGUCCAGUCCCCGGCGAGCGGGGCCCGUGGGAGACGGGCGCUUCCACCUGCCGCCCCGCAUCCACCGGGCCUCAGACCCCGGCCUGCCAGCCGAGGACGUGAGAGAAAAGGCCACCAAGAAGGCCAGCGAGCCAGAUCUGGCUGUGACCCAGGACAGCUGCUGCUACCCACCGGGGCUGCUGCCGAGACAGACGUCUCCCCCGAGUGUGCCCCACCCGCAGACCUCCCCCCUGCUGCACCCGCUCGUCGGGCAGCACGUCCUCUCCGUCAAGCAGUUCACCAAGGAGCAGAUGUCCCACCUCUUCAAUGUGGCGCACAACCUGCGCAUGCUGGUGCAGAAGGAGCGGAGCCUGGACAUCCUGAAGGGGAAGGUCAUGGCCUCCAUGUUCUACGAGGUGAGCACCAGGACCAGCAGCUCCUUCGCAGCGGCCAUGUACCGCCUGGGGGGCUCUGUCCUGGUCUUCUCCGAGUCCACGUCGUCGGCCCAGAAGGGCGAGUCCCUGGCCGACUCGGUGCAGACCAUGUGCUGUUACGCGGACGUGCUGGUGCUGCGCCACCCCCAGCCGGGGGCUGUGGAGCUGGCUGCCAAGCACUGCCGGAAGCCGGUGAUCAAUGCCGGGGAUGGCGUCGGGGAGCACCCCACGCAGGCCCUGCUGGACAUCUUCACCAUCCGCGAGGAGCUCGGCACCGUCAACGGCAUGACGAUCACCAUGGUGGGGGACCUGAAGCACGGGCGCACGGUGCACUCGCUGGCCUGCCUCCUGACGCAGUACCGCGUCAACCUGCGCUACGUCACGCCCCGCGACCUCCGCAUGCCCGCCGACAUCAUCCACUUCGUAGCCUCCAAGGGCAUCAAGCAGGAGGAGUUCGACAGCAUCGAGGAGGCUCUCCCCGACACGGACGUGCUGUACGUCACCCGCAUCCAGAAGGAGCGAUUUGACUCCGUGCAGGAGUACGAGGCGUGCUUCGGGCAGUUCAUCCUCACCCCGCACAUCAUGACCAGAGCCAAGAAGAGGAUGGUGGUCAUGCACCCGCUGCCUCGCGUCAAUGAGAUCAGUGUGGAGGUGGACUCGGACCCCCGGGCAGCCUAUUUCCGCCAGGCUGAGAACGGCAUGUACAUCCGGAUGGCACUGCUGGCCACGGUGCUGGGCAGGUACUAGGGCCCCCAGCCGGGGCAGUGCUAGCGGCAGCAGGAACCUCAGUACUCCAGACCUGGUUAGCGAUGGACGGACUCACGGACGGACCCAGCUCCUUCCCCCCUACGUGCGACAGGGACUGCACUGAGCAAGGCCUCCCGCUGACCCACUCCUUCCCAGGGUGGCUGGGGUUGGGCAGCGGGCAGGGGCGUGCCAGCUGGCUGGUUGAGGCUCAGAACGGGUCAUACUUGUAUCAAGCUAGGGGGCAGAUCAGCCUGCAUGUGCUGAGGGGAGGGAGUGAUUGGGGGGGGAGGUGCCACCCCAGGGCAUUAAAACCUGCAGGGUGCCCCAUCCCCCUCCCCAGCCUCUGGGGCUUACAAGCUCCUUGGUAUCUGGGUUGGGGUGGCACCUGCUGGCUUCCCUGGGUACCUGUCGUCAUCCUCCGGCCGGGGUCCAGGGCUGGCUCCCUGCGGCAGCUGUUAGCGGAGCCCAGGCUGUUCGCCGGCCUAGCCCGCCCCCCGGCCCAUCUCCCUUCCCAGCAUCGGCAUACCCUCUGGCUCCAGCUAACCCAGGCCCCUCCUGGCCUCCUCUGCCCCUCUUGCUUCAGCCCCCUGGGGCUGUGGCUCCCCAGUCAUAGGGGUCAUGGAGAAGGAGGCAGGGGGCUCUUUUCCCCAGAUCUCCCUCCACUAGCUGCGUAGCGCCAGUGUCUUGUAGCAGGAGCUUAGUCCCCCCCCCAGCCAUGUCCCUGGGUGUGACUCUGGCCUUGAGCACAGGGAGGGGCAGAGCGCGUUCUGCCUUGGGCACUGCUGGCCCCAUGGCAGGGGGGCGAGCGGCAUCUGUUCAGCAACUUUUCUACACACACCACUGUGAACUGAAUGGUUUUCCUUGGGUUUAAUAAACCGAGCUGGAUGCA